CAAUGAACAAUUGAAUGAACACAAGCCAGCCAAGACCCGCCUACAUUUCUCUCCUUCUAGAACUAAGUUAGUCCGCCAACUUUCAACGCGUUAUGUGCGGCGCUUAACCAAAUGGAAUCUGAGGAUAAAUUAAUCAGCUGGAUCUGCCGGUUAACGGUUAUUACGGCUUUCUUCUUGAUUGGCUUUAUUAUUGGUUGGUUUGCUCGACCUACUACUGUCAAUCAUGGACAUGUAUCAAAAAGCUUCCUGCACGACUUUCUAGAUGAGAUGCAGGCAGAGAAUAUUAAACACCAUCUCAGGAAGUUGACAAGGCUGCCCCACCUGGCUGGAACGCAGCAGAAUCUGGAUCUGGCGGAGCAGAUCCGGGCCGAGUGGAUGGAGUUUGGGCUGGACUCAGUGGAGCUGGUGCCGUACGAUGUGUUGCUGUCAUACCCAAAUAAAACAAACCCCAAUUACAUCUCCAUAGUGGACCACCUGGGAAAUCAGCUCUUUAACACCUCUCUGGCUGAGCCGGUCCCUGAAGGUUAUGAAGAUGUUACCGAUAUCGUCCCUCCUUAUAGUGCUUUCUCUGCGAAAGGACAGCCAGAGGAUGAGCUGGUUUAUGUUAAUUACGGACGGACGGAGGAUUUCUUUAAGCUGCAGAGAGAGUUGGGAAUAAACUGUUCAGGAAAAAUCGUCAUCUCUAGAUAUGGCAAAAUCUUCCGUGGGAACAAGGUGAAGAACGCGAUGUUAGCGGGAGCUAAAGGGAUCGUGCUGUUCUCGGACCCUGCGGAUUACUGUGCGGACGGCGUGGAGCCGUAUCCCGACGGCUGGAACCUGCCAGGAGGAGGCGCUCAGAGAGGAAACGUGCUGAAUCUGAACGGGGCGGGAGACCCGCUCACACCUGGAUACCCUGCCAAAGAAUACACCUACAGAUCUAGUCUGGAGGAUGCAGUGGGGCUUCCCAAGAUUCCAGUGCAUCCCAUCGGAUAUCAUGAUGCGGUUCACUUGCUGCAUAAAGUGCGUAUGAACAUCCACACAAACAAUCAGGUGACCCGUAUCUACAACGUGAUUGGCUGGAUCAGAGGAGCGGUGGAGCCAGACAGGUACGUGAUUCUGGGCGGUCAUCGUGACGCUUGGGUGUUCGGGGGGAUCGAUCCGGUGUCAGGAGCUGCUGUGGUGCACGAGAGCGUGAGAGCAGCUGGAAAACUCAUGAAGAAAGGUUGGAGGCCGAGGAGAACGCUGAUCUUUGCCAGUUGGGACGCAGAAGAGUUUGGCCUGCUGGGAUCCACAGAAUGGGCAGAGGAUAAUGCUAGAGUCCUACAGGAGCGAGCCGUGGCUUACAUCAAUGCAGACUCUGCUAUUGAGGGUAUGUACACACUGAGAGUCGACUGCACUCCCUCUCUACACACUCUGGUUUAUGACAUCACCAAGAAGGUUUCGAGUCCAGAGGAGGGAGAGGAGGGCAUGAGUUUGUAUCAGAGCUGGCAUAAACGAGACAACUCCACAGAAAGAGAUGCACCGUGGAUCAGUAAACUGGGCUCUGGUAGUGAUUUUGAAGCGUAUUUCAUCAGAUUAGGCAUUGCAUCUGGAAGGGCGAGAUACACCAAAAACCGAAAAACCGAGCGCUACAGCAGUUACCCCGUGUACCACAGCGUGUAUGAGACCUACGAGAUCGUGGAGCGAUUCUACGACCCGAGUUUCCGCAGGCUGGAGGCCGUGGCCCGUGUUCGGGGUGGACUGAUCUUCAGUUUGGCCGAUUCUCCGGUCUUACCUCUGGACUGUGUGGAAUACGCCAUGUCUCUCACUAAAUACGCCAACAGCAUUUACCAGCUGGCAGUGAAGCACCCUGCUGCCAUGGAGCAGCACAGCGUCUCAUUCGAUUCUCUCUUCUCUGCGGUCGAGAACUUCGCGGUUGCGGCAGGAGAUUUUCAUCAGCGACUUGAUCAGCUCGACACCUCUAAUGCUCUGGCCGUGCGGAUGGUAAAUGAUCAGCUGAUGUAUUUAGAGAGAGCUUUUAUUGAUCCGCUGGGUUUGCCUGGGAGACCAUUUUACAGGCAUAUUAUUUUUGCGCCCAGCAGUCACAAUAAAUACGCGGGUGAGUCUUUCCCAGGGAUUUAUGAUGCUUUGUUUGACAUUGAGAACGCGGUGGACCCGCAGAAGGCCUGGGACGAGGUCAAACGCCAAAUCAGCAUCGCCGCCUUCACUGUCAACGCCGCUGCCGAGACACUAAAGCCUUUCUAGACAGCCUUCCUUUACUUCUGGAUUUCAAAACAUGCCAUGGAUACAGGACUACAACAUGUCAGCAAAAUAGUUAGUUAGUAGUUGUUUCCUCAAACGCAGCAACUACAAAAGGACUUGACAUUCAGAUCUGGCUCUCAGAAGCGAGCAGAUACAUUUUUGAUAUUCAAGGAAUAGUUAACCAAAAAAUUACAAUUUGCUGAAAGUGUCCUCACCCUCAGGUCAUCCAAGAUGUUGAU